UUUGAAGUCAAAUUUACAGUGGAUCAUACACUUAACUGCAUCUUUCCUUUACCAGAAUCAUCGUGUAAUUUGCGUGGCUUCUAGUCUUUAUAUAAUUCAAAACAGUACGAAAUUUGAUACACUUUGUGAUGCUCGCAAAGAAACCUCAACAUAAACUAUCUCUGCUCUUUCUUGUUAGAACAAUAUUAGGAUUGCAGUUCUGUUCAUUUGUGAAUGAACACUCGAAAUAUCGACUGCGAAGAAGGAGUUCAACAGAACCAUGGAGUAAUGAUUGGUGACUUUGUGAACCUAUCCUCACAGUAUUUCGGCAACCAACAGAUUCGGAACAUGGCACCUCGUUUGCAGCCCGCAGUCAUGGAGGCAGGAUGCCAACAGCAAAAUAUUAGCCCCGAAAGAUCAUCUAGUAGCAUAUUGAGCCGGUUUGAAUCUCCGGCUUCAUCAUUUUACGCGACAGAAAGAUGCAUGCGGUUUCCGCAGUAUGAUUGUCAAGUUGGUAGUUCUUUCUGCUCUCAAUAUUCCAAGUCCUAUGAUUCACAUCAAUCUUCCGAUCCAAACUAUUCUAUUAACUUGGGAGAGCAAGCUGAUCACAACUUUGGAUUGAACAGCACUUUGGAAUCGGUUGUAAAACCCCAUUACUCUUACUAUAAUUCUUUUGACAAGUCAGAUAAAGGUCUAAGCAGUUCUUCAGGGAACAAGCUUCCUUCACAACAACACAAUAAGUUCUUAGAUAUCCAUGGUACUGUCUCUCUAGGGAAUAACUUUUCAGUUCCUUUCCAAGGAAAUCAGGAUCGUCAAGUUGGUUGUAAUCCAUACAGCUCUCCAUUUGCAGGGCUGAGCUUUAAUUCUCUGGAAGGAAAGCAGUCUCCAAGAUUUUCUUUGGGAGGUGGUCCUACAUCUUCUGGCAAAGAUCUGUCAAGUAAAACACGGAUAAGAUGGACCCAGGAUCUUCAUGAGAAGUUUGUUGAGUGCGUAAAUCGCCUCGGAGGCGCUGAGAAGGCAACACCUAAAGCAAUACUAAACUUGAUGGAUUCAGAUGGUUUGACUAUCUUCCAUGUGAAAAGUCAUCUGCAGAAAUAUAGAAUUGCAAAAUACAUGCCAGAACCUUCAGAAGGAAAGGCUGAGAAAAGAAAUAGCAUAAAUGAUGUAUCACAGCUCGAUAUCAAAACUGGCUUUCAAAUCAGAGAGGCACUGCAACUACAAUUAGAUGUCCAGAGGCGUCUGCAUGAGCAGCUGGAGAUUCAAAGAAAUCUACAACUACGUAUUGAAGAGCAAGGCAAGCAGCUUAAGAUGAUGUUUGAUCAGCAGCAGAAAACAACUAAUAGUCUCCUGAAUAAGCAGAAUUUGGACAUUACUUCUCCGGAUGAGCCCGCAUUUAGCCUUGAAGAUAUUGAUGUUUCCAUUUUAGAAGGCUCUGAUAAUAAUACACAAUUCCCAUCCAAGAUAAGUUAGAUCUUCAAAGCACAUAGGACUGGUUUUCAUGUACAAGUAGGCACUCAUGGGUUCUGGAAAAGUGAUUUCUAGUCCCCAGCUACAACAGAAUUGCGGAUGAUCUCUGCUUCUUCAUAAAGAAAGUAAAAGCAUCUGAAUGUACCUAUAUAGGAAGAGUAUAUACAUACGAAUACGAUGUGUGUUCCCAUGCAUAAUACCCUUUAGAACUUGGAGGUUGGGAUUCUUUGCAAAACAGAAAGUCAUGUGGUUCUUGUAGGGUUCAAGUUUCCUGAGUUCUCCAUCAGCUUUAGAACGAUAGUCUUGCAUUGCUAUGUACUUCAAGUUCAUCAUAAUAAAAAUGUACCAGAGUUUUGAUGCA